ACUGACCUUGUGGCUCGAACUUUAAACUGGUGGCCUAACUAGUUAUUGUUUUCAAACACGGUUUGUGACCUGUAGAUUUACAGAUGAAUUAUGGCUUCGCGGCAUGUUCCUUACACGGAUAUGUCAGAUAUGGGACGGGCAGCACAGGAGACUGAAAUACAACGCGCUGCCAAUCAACAGCUAAUUGAAGAAGGUAGAGUAAUUAAGCACAAGGAGCUUGAAAAAAUGAGACGUGAAGAGGAAAAUAAGGAUGACAGUAGUAGUGAGCGUCCUGACGUUAUCAUCAAGGUUAAUAAUGGAAGCACUUCACGCUUGAGUAGCCAGCGUUCUUCGGCCGAUUUAGCAUCAUCAAUCAGCUCAAGGAAUUUGGAUGCACGUGAGCUACGAGCCCAAUUACUGCAGUUGGAAGAAAAAGUUAAGGGGGCAAUGUUAUCAAAUGUUCAACUAGACAAUGACAAGCAACUUUUGAAGUAUGAAGUUGAUUUGCUCAAAGAUAAAUUGGAAGAUCUCACAGAUGCUUAUGCCUCUUUGAACAAAACCUUCUUAGAAAACAAACGGGAAUUAGCUUAUCAAAAAAUGCAAAUUGUUGAAUUAACACAUCGUUUGGAUUAUGCACGUCAUCAAGUAGAAGCACGUGAUCAACUAAUUGUUGAACAUGGUUUAGUAUUAAUUGGUGGCACAAAUGCUGAUGACAAUUCUACGCUGUCUAACAUGGAAGAGUUAACAACAACCAAUGCACAUAUAUCAUCUACGAAUAAGGGAAAAUCGACGAGUAAUAAUAGUAAUUUAGUAAUGAUGAAUGGUUUAUCCAAUGAUAAUAAUAAUCAUUCAAAAUCAAAUUCAUUGAUACAUCAAAAUGGUGAUAAAUCAUCAAAUCAUUUACCCGAAAUGGUUCUUAUUACAAAAUCGACAGCUGAACUUCUAAAUACUUUAUCUGAAACAACAUUAGAUAAGCAAAUCCAACAGCUGUUUAGCAUGCGAUCCGAAUUAGAUGCACGAGUUGAAGAAUUAGAAUCUCAGUUAAGAGAAGAACGUAAGCGCUUCGAGGCUCCAGCUACACGUUAUGAUUCAAAGAAUCGUACAAAUGCAGCAAUUACAGAAGAUAUUAAACAUGAACUACAACAAAGUCGUAAUCAAGCUCAAGAAUAUAAACUGAAAUUUCAUGAAUCAUGUCAAAAGAUAUCAGCUCUUGAAAGCGAUCCAUUAGAAAUAUCAGACAACAAAUAUGUGCCAGUUCAUGUGUUUUACAAUUAAUCUGCCCAAUAUUUACUAGUUGUUACUUUGUGUCUAUGAUAUGUGCUUUACAUCCAUCGAAAUAUCGGCUUAAACAACUAUUGAAAGGAAAAAUACACCAUGACUUUUACGAAUGAAAUAUUGUUUCGCUGGUCACGUGUUUUCUACUGUGUGUGUGUUUGUUGUAUGGGCCCAUAGCCUUCAGUUGUGCACAACCAAUUUGUUUACUAUUAUUAUUAUUAUUAUUUUUGAACAUAACAUUUUUACCUACAAUUCAUUAGAAUAGAUAUUGAUUAAGUAAAUAUGUAUAUAUGGUAAACACAUCUUUUCAAUAUGUUGUUUUGACUGUUUAUUAUGAAACGUGUAUGUUCAAUCUAUUUAUCAAUACAUUACUUACCAUGAGGUUGUACUCCACUAAUCAUAGUAAUAAUACUAAUAAUGUAUGGUUCUGUUUCCAUUUUGAACUGUUUUUAAUCACAACAAUUACCUACAAUCGAUUCCAGUGAUAAGCAUUAUAGAUUUAAAAGGCUAGAAUGAUGUGCAUUGAUACACAUAUACAUGGUUUAUUUUUAUGCAAAUUAGUUACAGAUCUAGUUAUUUAUAAUGUAAACAUUCUGUGCUAAAAAUCCUUCCUUCGCUUUUUAUAAUAUUUCUAUACUUUCAAGUGUUGAUGUAUGUGUGUCUAUAUAUGCAUUCGAAUUACCUAGUUAUAGUGACUAGCAAACGACCUAUUUCUUUUUUGGUCGUCAACGAUACAAAUCAUCUGUGGAAAUUCAUUAGCAUUCACAACAAUAUUACUGGUAGUAAUUUAUAUUACUCGAAACCAUGUCUUCUAACUAACUGAUAUUGAAAAAAGGUGUAAUUGACAAUUACUUACUUACUACGUACUUACUCCUGUUACUCCCAACGGAGCAUAG